AUGGUGGGGACAGCACAUAAAGGUAAUGACAAUGUGGAGGAAGGAAUGGGUUAUCCAGAAAUGAUCUCAAGAAUGGAAGGACUGUCAGAACAGAGUGAUGAGCCUACGUUGGAGGGAAAUGCUUUGGAAAGUACAAGUUCUGGAGGCAGUGAAAGACCUAAUGUAAGCCUACCAUACGGAGUAGUGAGUGCACCUACACCUUUGCCGGAGAUGAAUUCUUUGAAAUGGAAGGAAUUGUUGUUAGGACGGAACCAAACUUUUGCAAAUGCAGAAGAUUUCAAGAAGAAAGUACAUAAGUUCAGUAUUGCAAACAAGUUUGAGUACAAGUAUGUGAAAAAUUGUAGGGGAAAAAUGUAUGUGAAAUGUAGUGUUGAAGGUUGUCCGUGGAGGAUAAGUGCAAGAGUGGGCAGAAAGAGUACUCCCUUUUUACGUGUGGCAACAUUCAUAAAUGAGCAUGUCCAUAAUGCACAAGACAAUCUUUGUGUGGAACAUUGUGGUUCAGCUAGCUUGACAGCAUCAAUCAUCAGAGAUGAGGCGAAGCAAAAAGCUUUAGAGGACAUACAUGGCAGGCCUGACCAGUCUUAUAUGCUUAUUCCGUGGAUAUGUGAACGGUUGAAGGAAACAGAUAACAAAACCGUGGCCAAAUGGGUGGCUAAUACUAAUAACACAUUUGAGCGUGCAUUCAUAGCAUAUGGGUGUUGUAUAGAAGGCUUUAUAGCUGGUGCUAGACAUGUACUGUACAUUGAUGGAUGUCAUUUAAGUGGACCGUAUAAGGGGACGUUACUGUUGGCGUCUGCUUAUGAUGCUGACAACGAAUUGUUACCUUUUGCGAUUGCUAUUGUAAAGGGAGAGACACUUGAGGAUUGGACAUGGUUCUUAUAUAUGAUUAAGGAGAUAGUUGGCUCGAUGGAAUUGACAAUUGUGUCAGAUCGACACAAUGCAAUAAUAGGCGCCGUGCAAGCAAUAUUUGGUGGUGAGAGGCAUGCAUACUGUUACAGACAUGUUAAGGAAAACUUCAGUGCACAAAUGAUUAAAUUAAAUAGAGGAAAGAGGAAGACUAGUGGGAAAGCAAGGGAGGAGGGACUGCAAUACCUGGAUGCCAUUGCAUAUGCAAGGCUUGACACCGAGUUUGAUGGUGCAAUGGAUAACAUGAGAAAGUUCAAUCCACAAUUAUUUGAGUGGCUUCUUAAUCAUGGUGAUGUUGAAAGGUGGGCCUUAAGUAAAUUCCCAUUUAAACGGUGGGAUAACAUCACAACAAACCUUGCUGAGUCAUUCAAUGCUUGGAUGUUGAAAGAGAGACGAUAUAAUGUUGCCCAACUUAUACAUGAGCAUCGUGAGAAAGUGGCAAAGAAGAUGUAUGCAGCAAGCAUAGCAAUGAGUAAUUGGAAAAAUGGUGUAGGCCCAAACAUAGAUGCAAAAUUGGUGGACAAUGUUGCUAGAUCAGCAUGCAUGCUGAGUGUACCUUAUGGAGGAGGUAGGGUGUGUGUCCAUACAGCAAAAGGAGCUGUACAUGUUGAUCUUGGUCUAGGCGAAUGCACCUGUGCAGCUUGGCAAAUGUCAGGCAUUCCAUGUCCCCAUGCCUGUGCAGCGAUUAAGGCUGUGAAUUGCAAUGUCUAUGAUUUUGUUGAUGAAUGCUACAAGAUUACAUCACAGCAAAAGAUUUAUGGCAGGAGUAUGAUUCCAGUGGCGACAGUAGACAUGCCAAAUCCUAACAAUUACUGGGUGGAAAAUAUAGGAAGUCAAGUGUUCUUGGCACCGCCUUUGACUAAUCGACCGCCAGGAAGGCCUAAAGUAAAAAGACGAGAGUCACAGUUCCAGAAUAGGAAGAUCUACCAUUGUAGCACAUGCAAACAAGUUGGGCACACAAGAAGAACGUGCAAGAAUCCAAACCCAAGUUGA